AUGCAAGGCUAUUACUUUUUCAAUGCCAGCCAUGGCGGAGUCGAUAUUGCUUGGUCCUCCAUUUCGAAAAAUCAGGCUUUCCAAGAGGCUGAUCUACCAUUGCCACUGGUAGUUCUGGACGGACAAUCUUUCUCCGAUGUCGAGUCAGAUCCUACCAUGUCAGAGCCCAUCUACGAGGUAACACCAUGGGAGUUUGGUACCUACGAUAACUCUAUAUACGGGUUCGCACCUUUGGAAUACCUAGGCACCCGGUUCGUCGACGGAAAAGUCCCAGAUAAUGAGACCUGCGUCCGUGGUUUUGAUAACGCGGGCUUUAUAACUGGCACAUCAAGCGAUAUCUGGAACGAGGACGGGGACGACAUUAUCGCGAUUCUCGAAUACGAAAUGAGCCUCCUCUCAACCAAUACUACUUCCGGUGCCGAAAUGGCAGAGGGAGUCGAAUACGUUAUGAAAGAAGUCAUCUUCGCUCUUAACACAACCAAUGCCACACUGGCUGGAGCUUCAGCCUUUGAUCCAAACCCCUUCUACCAAUACAACCCCGACACAUCACCAUUUGCGGAGGAUAAGCGACUUACACUCGUAGAUGGCGGCGAAGACGGUCAAAACAUUCCAUUCAAUCCACUUAUCCAGCGAAAGCGUAACGUGGAUGUGAUCUUCGCCGUCGACUCUGCCAGGACAACCGGGAACUUAUGGCCGAACGGUACAACUCUCGGGGACGCAUAUGAGCGCAGUCUAGUCGACCUAGCAAAUGACACCUCAUUUCCCUCAGUACCAGAUGUCAACACCUUCCUGAACCUGGGUCUGAAUGCUGGUCCAUCAUUCUUCGGCUGUAACAGCUCCAACUUGACCGUUCCAGCCCCGUUGAUUGUCUACCUACCCAACCACCCUAUCACAUACAUGUCCAAUAUUACAGAGUUGCAGACACACUACACUGCCUCUGCCCGAGAUGACAUGAUUACGAAUGGCUUCAAUGUUGCUACUCAGGCGAAUGGCACGCUGGAUGCCGAAUGGACGACUUGUGUAGGCUGUGCGGUCCUUAGUCGAUCUUUUGAUAGGACGAAGACACAGGUCCCAGAGGCCUGUGCGCGUUGCUUCAAGCGAUACUGCUGGAAUGGAACGAUUGAUAGUCAUACACCUGCGCCGUAUGAACCAUCAAUUAUUUUAUGA